AUGUUAAUAGCUUUCUUCUGGCACAUUAGUGACCUGCACCUGGACACAUUUUACUCCACGCAAGGUGAUAUCUACAGGAGCUGCUGGGAGUUGGCUCGCUCGGUUUCCGGCUCAAAUGCCAACAAUGCGGCAACAGAGGCGCCUGGUCCCUUCGGCCACUACAACUGCGACAGUCCGUGGAGUCUGAUCGAGUCCGCAGUGAAGACCAUGAAGGCCAAGCAGGGCGACAAUGUGGAGUUCGUCCUGUGGACCGGCGAUGCCCUCUCCCAUUCCGCCCAACCGCUUUCCGAGCAGAAGCAGCACGAGAUCCUGCGGAAUAUCACCGAACUGCUGGGUCGCAGCUUCUCCUCGCAGUUCAUCUUCCCGGUUUUGGGUCACGAGGACGGGAGCGGUAGCUACCGAAGAUUGGGGGAACUGUGGCGCCACUGGCUGCCCUCGGAGGCCCUGGUGACCUUCGACCAGGGCGGCUACUACUCCAUCGAGCAGACCAAGAGCCGCCUGCGCAUCGUGGCCCUGAACACGAAUUUCAUGCGGCAUGAUUCCGAUCCGGAUAUCAGGACAUCGCACAGUCUGCGAUGGCCAACGGAAUAUUUCACGGAGCCCAAAGCAUCCGUGAGCUCAAUUUCGGCGGAGGACGAACUGCUGGCGGAGCAACAGUGGCUUUGGCUGGAGGAGGUGCUUACCAAGUCCGAGGAGAAACAGGAAACGGUGUAUAUAGUGGGCCAUAUGCCGCCGGGCGUUGAUGAACGUCAGAUGGGAUCUCAGCGCAACCAGUUAACUUUCACCGAGCACAACAACCAGCGCUACCUGGAGAUAGUGCGACGAUUUGCCAAAGUCAUCCAGGGUCAGUUCUUCGGUCACCUUCACUCGGACACCUUUCGCGUGAUCUACGAUGCCAAAGGCAAUCCCAUUUCGUGGCUGAUGAUUGCCCCAUCGAUUGUGCCCGGCAAGGCCGGAAUCGGCUCACCGAAUAAUCCCGCCCUGCGGCUCUACAAGUUCGACACGGGAAGCGGCCAGGUGCUGGACUACACGCAGUUCUGGCUGGAUCUGCAUUUGGCCAACCGGGCCAACGAGCCCACCUGGCAGCUGGAGUACAACCUGACGCACCACUACGCCCUGCCGAAUAUCUCCGCCGGCGCCCUUCAUAAUCUCGCCGAGCAUUUUUCCGGAGCCGAUUCCCCCUGGUUCACCAGAUACCACCGAGCCAACGACGUGCGAUACGGGUCGGCCUGCCCCGGCCCCUGCAGGCUCAAUCAUUACUGCGCCAUCACGCGCCUGGACUACGAUGAGUUCCGUCUAUGCCUGGAGAAGGAGCAGCUGGCGCUGCAAGGACACGCCCCCGCCGCCCGAGCGCCCACCUCGUGGAGCUGGCUGCUCGGCGUGCUCGGCGUUUUUUAUGGCCUGGCCACGGGGUGGUGGGCCGGGCGAUGCAACAAUUGCCACAUCCAGCGAAUUUAAGCGUUCUCGCUUAAGCGGAACCAUAUCAAUGUGGGGAUGAGCCCCAGGAUGCGCAGGCACUCAGAAAAAAAUCGGAAAUUGUGCGGAAAUUAAAUUGAAUAUUUAAAAA